AUGCGUGAACUUCUCCCCCUUACCCUAAUCACCCUCUGGUUCGCCUUCGCCUCAGCGACCCUCCACACCACCCAAAACACAAGCACAAUCACCCUCUCCAACGCUCGCCUCACCGCACACUUUUCUAAAUCCCAAGGUCGGAUCACUGACCUCUACCUCGACAACCAAGACCUGCUGGGCCCCCAAUCUGGUGACACCGGAGUCGGCCCGUACCUGGACUGCUACUGCAUCCCAUCGGGCUUCUACACCCCCGGAACUACAAGCUCAACUUCCAACUCAACCCUCCACCUCAUCACCGGCACCGACACUACAAAGACCCAAUAUGCCGGCGUUGUCAUGGACUCAACCUACUUCCCGACGGGCCAACACUUCCAACAAUACUGGUUCCUCCGGGACGGCGAAACAGGCCUCCACACAUUCAGUCGAUUAGCAUACUACAACGCAUCGACACCAUAUCUUCGCAAUCUCCAGGAAUUCCGGACUUUGUUUCGCCCCAACACGGAUCUGUGGACGCAUUUGACCUCCAGUGAAGUGCAAACUGCGCCGUUGCCGAGUGAGAAGGCGAUUGCGGAGGAGGUUGUGGUGCAGGAUGCGACGUGGACGUUUAAUAUUACUCCGAGUGAUGCGUACUAUACUCAGUUCUCCGAUUAUUUUACCAAGUAUACGUUUUCGAAUACGUGGAGGGAUAAUUCCGUUCAUGGGGUUUAUGCCGAUGGUUCGACCUCAAAUGGGACGACGUAUGGAGCGUGGUUGGUUAUGAAUACGAAGGAUACUUAUUACGGUGGACCACUGCACUCGGACCUUACCGUCGACGGCAUCGUCUACAACUACCUCGUGUCUAACCACCACGGCGAAGGCACUCCCAACAUCACCUACGGCUUUGAUCGCACAUUCGGCCCUCAAUUCUACCACUUCAACGGCGGGAAAGGCUCCGCAUCUCUACAAGAACUCAAGUCUGAUGCAGAGUCCCUGGCAGAUCCGAACUGGAACAAAGAAUUCUACAACUCGAUCGCCAAACAUGUGGUCGGAUAUGCACCCUCCAGCAAGCGCGGCAGUGUGCAAGGACAGAUCAACCUUCCCGAGGGUGCCACCAGACCCGUCGCUGUCCUCACCGUGGACGGACAAUACUUCCAAGACAACUCCGUAAACGCCUCCUCAUACCAAUACUGGGCCGAGAUUGAUGCGACCGGACGAUUCAACGUGGACCACGUCAAAGAAGGCGUGUACCGACUAACCGUAUACGCCGAUGGAAUCUUCGGAGACUUCGAACGCGAUGGCGUGCAAGUCAAAGCCGGCAAGACAACUAACAUCCAAGAAACAUGGGUAGCAGAGUCCGAAGGCACCGAGAUCUGGCGACUAGGAACCCCCGACAAGUCAUCCGGAGAGUUUCGUCACGGAGUCGCAAGAGACCCCACACAUCCACUCCAUCCUCCAGAGUACCUCAUCUACUGGGGCGCGUACGACUGGCAAACCGACUUUCCUGAUGGAAUCAACUUCACCAUUGGGACCAGCGAUCCAGCAACCGACCUAAACACCGUGCAAUGGUCCGUCUUCGGACCAACCCCCAACGACCCGCACGUCGAAUACGACACCACCCACGACUGGACGAUCAACUUCCCCCUGAGCGAAGAUGACCUUGCGCAGCGAUCCACAGCCACCCUCACCAUUCAACUCGCAGGUGCGAAGACCGCCUCCGGAAACACAGACGUAUACAGCCCAAAGGAGCUAUACAACAACCUCGCGCUGGAGAGCUACAUCAACGACCAAUCGGAGCCACUGACCCUACUGAUCGGAUUCAAUCAGUCAAGUAGCUGCAUUGUGCGGUCGGCAGUCAGUUGCUAUCAGGUUCGCUCGCGCAUGGAGUUCCCGGUGGAUUGGCUGAAGGUCGGGAAUAAUGUUCUGACAUUGCAUCUGCCGUAUAAUGCGACGGAUACGGAAACGGCGAUAUUACCAGCGACGGUGUACGUGCAGUAUGAUGCGUUGAGGCUGGAAGUUUCGUAAGGAAGGGGGCCAAACGUGCUGUAUAGAGAUUAGAGUAGUG